ACUCUAAGGCAGAAUUUAUUAUCUUGGUGGAUAAGUGGAGAUGUUCCUCACCGGAGCUGUUACCGGACCGUGCCCCGGCACUGUGCCGGGCUGGACCCUCUAGUGCUGCCGGUGCCAGCGGGACCCCCCGAGGGAGGGCUGUGCCCAGGCACAGGGGCUGCUCGGCCCCUGGCAUCGCUUCCCGGAAGGCGGCACGUGUUUUGGGGCUAUUUCUGCCUGCUGGAGUGUUGCAGGCAAGGGAAGGAGGCGAAACCACAGGGACCGCGGAGAAGCGCAGAUGGACGUGGGCUGGCGGGCUGCCCUGCCUUGGCUUCCCUAGACCCCCCCGGGAUGGCGACGCGGCGGGGCUGAGCGGGCCGGGCCGGGCCGGGCCGGGGCCGGGGCCGGGCCGGGGCCGGGAUGGACGGCCCGAGCGGGGGCCGCCCGCCCGCCGCCGCCGCCGCCCCGUCGCGGGCGAAGCUGCCGCUCGGCAUCGUCUUCUCGACGGCUCUGUUCUGCGGGGAGGGGGCGGCGGCCGCCGUCCUCUGCCUCUCCUACGGCCACUCCGACGACCGCUUCUGGCUGGCGCUCACCGUCUUCUUCGUGCUCUGCCCCUCCGUCCUGGUGCAGCUCACCCUCAUCUUCGUGCACCGCGACCUCAGCCGCGACCGCCCCCUCGUCCUCCUCAUGCACCUGCUCCAGCUCGGGCCCAUCAUCAGGUGCAUGGAGGCUCUGGUGGUGUACUGCUGGUCGGGGAAGGAGGAGGAGCCCUAUGUCACCAUCACCCGCAAGCGGCGGCUGCGGAAAGGUUAUGAGGUGGAGAUGGAGCAGGAGGUGGGCCACUCGGUGCGCCGGCUGGCCACGCACCGCAACGCCUUCAAGCGCAUGGCGGUCAUCCAGGCCUUCCUGGGCUCCACGCCGCAGCUCACCCUCCAGCUCUACAUCAGCGUCCUAGAGAAGUACGUCCCCGCCGCCCGAGCCGUCCUCAUGGGCAUCUGCCUGGUGUCGGUCACCUACGGAGCGCUCGUCUGCAACAUCCUGGCCAUCCAGGUCAAGUACGAUGACUACAAGGUCCAGCUGCGGCCGCUGGCCUUCCUCUGCAUUGUGCUAUGGCGAAGCCUGGAGAUCUCCACCCGCGUGGUCGUCCUCGUGCUCUUCAGCACCGUCUUCAAGCACUGGAUCAUCCCCAUCGCCCUGGCCAACCUGCUGGUGGUCUUCUUCUUGCCCUGGGUGCAGUUCUGGCGGAGCGGCACCCGCCUGCCCGACAACAUCGAGAAGAACUUCAGCCGGGUGGGCACGGUGGUGGUGCUCUGCGCCUUCACCCUCCUCUACGCCAGCAUCAACGUGUUCUGCUGGUCGGCCGUGCAGCUCAAGCUGGCCGACCGGGACCUCAUCGACAAGUCGCAGAACUGGGGCCUCCUGGCCGUGUACUACGUGGCCCGGCUGGCCGAGAACACGGCCCUCGUCAUCCUCUGGUACUUCUUCAAGACGGACGUCUACGAGAACAUCUGCACCCCGCUGCUGGUGGUGCAGCUGCUCCUCGGCUACUGCCUGGGCAUCUACUUCAUGCUCCUCUUCUUCCAGUACCUGCACCCCUGCCGCCAGCUCUUCCGACACAACGUCGCCGACUUCUUGCACUGCGUCUGCUGCCGCCGGCGCCCGCCGGGGACCCCUCUGCACCUCCAGGCGCCCCACGAGCCCGGCGUUCGGCACAGCAUCGUCUGAGGCAUGGCCAGCACCGGCUCCUCCAGCCGGACACGGACACAGACACGGACACGGGGGUGGGCAGCGCCGGGCUGCACCGGCAGCCGGAGGGGGCUGGCGGCACGAGCCGUGCCGGGGGCAGGCGCUGCCUGGCCUUGCAGUGGCAGCGGGUCCCGGUGCGUCCCCGCAGCGGCAGGGGGACAGGAGCGUGCCCGCCUGCCUGGGACUGUGCAAGCGGACACGAAGGACUUCUGGGGUGCCCAAAUCGCCUGCCGCUGCCAGCCGGCUGCUGCGCGGUGCACAACCCCUGGGGUGCCCUGACACCCCCCCGCCUGCCCGCUACGGUACAUAUGCUGACCUCGGGGCCGCGGGUGCCGGCGGGACUGUUUUAAGCAGUAAAAAAAACUUUGCCGUG